AUGUCGUACGAGAAAUUGGACUUACAGCCGUUCUUCGACACCGUCGACGAGCUCAAGCCCCAAUUCAUCGAGCGGUUGCGCAAGGCGAUCGCCAUCCCCUCGGUGUCGGCCGACGAAACCUUGCGCCCCCAGGUGGUGAAGAUGGCCCACUUCUUGGUCGACGAAUUGAAGCUGUUGGGCUUCCACGACAUCCAGCUCAAGGACUUGGGCACCCAGCCUCCCCCCGUCGCCGACCCCAAGUUGCAAUUGCCCCCGAUUGUCCUCGCCCGUUUCGGGAGCAACCCCGACAAGAAGACGGUGUUGGUCUACGGCCACUACGACGUCCAGCCCGCGCUCAAAGACGACGGCUGGGCCACCGAGCCGUUUGAGAUGACGUUGAACGAGGCGCAAGACAUCAUGUACGGCCGUGGUACCACUGACGACAAGGGUCCCGUCAUCGGCUGGCUCAACGUGAUCGAGGCCCACAACAAGCUCGGGUGGGAGCUUCCCGUGAACCUCGUGGUGUGCUUUGAAGGUAUGGAAGAACUGGGCUCGCUUGGGCUCGACAAGUUGGUCGAGGACGAGGCCAACCAGUACUUCAAGGGCGUCGACCAGGUCACGAUCUCCGACAACUACUGGUUGGGGACGAAGAAGCCAGUGCUCACCUACGGGUUGCGCGGGUGCAACUACUACCAGAUCAUCGUCGAGGGUCCCGGCGCCGACUUGCACUCGGGCAUUUUCGGCGGCAUCAUCGCCGAGCCGAUGACCGACUUGGUCCACUUGAUGGGCGAAUUGGUCGACAACAAGGGCAAGAUCCUCAUCCCUGGCGUUUACGACAUGGUGGCGCCGUUGACCGACAAGGAGGACGCGUUGUACGACAACAUCGACUUCAGCGUCGACGAGUUGAACGCGGCGCUGGGGCUGGAAACGGCGUUGCACGAAAACAAGAAGGACAUCCUCAAGCACCGGUGGAGAUACCCGUCGUUGUCGCUCCACGGGAUCGAGGGCGCCUUCUCCGGCGCCGGGGCCAAGACGGUCAUCCCCGCCAAGGUGGUGGGCAAGUUCUCCAUCCGUACCGUCCCCGACAUCGACCUGGGCAAGUUGGACCAGUUGGUGUUUGAACACGUCACCAAGAAGUGGCAGGAGUUGGGGCUGAAGAACAAGUUCAAGGUCGAGUUGAUCCACGACGGCAACUACUGGGUGCUGAACCCGUUCAACAAGGCGUUCACCGCCGCCUCCCACGCCACCCAGGACGUGUGGAACGUCGUCCCCGACAUGACCAGAGAGGGCGGGUCCAUCCCCAUCACCUUGACCUUCGAAAAGGCCUUGGGCGUCGACGUGUUGUUGUUGCCCAUGGGCCGGGGUGACGACGGUGCCCACUCCAUCAACGAGAAGUUGGACGUGCCCAACUACAUCAACGGGUGCAAGACUCUCGGUGGCUUCUUGCACUACUACGGCCGUGGCGAAUAG